AUGGAUUAGCAAGUAAGUUUUGACGGAUCUUUAAAUGCGGCUUUUGAUUUCCAAAGAUCAAUUAAAUUAAUUAAUAGCAAUCUUAGACUUAUUUUUGACAACUUUACCAAGCUUAAAAGUAUGGAUUAUAUUACAAAAUUCACAGAAUCUUCUCUAUAUUAGUAGCUUUAUAGCAACAAGAUCUAUGUUGGCUUAGCUGCUCUAGCCCUCUUCAUUGGCAAAAGGACUUUAACACCCUAUUUAGCAUUAAGGAAAGAUUAUCUUAGUAAAUCAUAACUAAAUGCCAUCAAGCAAUAAUUCUAUUAAAAGAGAGAUAAAUAAAUUGAUUUAGCCAAGAAAUUGAUUAAAAAUGUAUCUCAAGAAAAGUAAGAGCAAAUAAUAUCUGUUUCUGCAGUUCAGCUUGCUAAAGAUAUAAAGGAUGGCAAAUUUACAUGCGAAGAAGUUUUUAUAACUUAUGCCUAUAGAGCAUCAACCAUCGGAGUUGAACAUAAUCUUAUUUGUGAUAUUGAUGUAGAAACUAACUUGAGUUUGGCCUAACAAAAAGAUGAGAUCUUUAGAUCUACUUAGGAUAAAUCAUCUCUACCUGUGUUCUUUGGUGUACCAAUCACUGUAAAGGAGCAUUUAAAAACAAAAGGCCUACUUUCCUCUUGUGGAUAUGUUUAAUUUGCAUAAAGACCUGUUGAGAAUGUAGAUUGCGCCUUUGUCCAACUGCUAAGAGAAUAAGGUGCUAUCCCAUUCGCCAAUACAAAUGUUCCUCAAGGUCUUUUUGCUAUUGAGUCUAAUAACAAUCUCUAUGGACACUCUUUGAACCCCUUUAAUAAAAAUCUGACUGUAGGGGGCUCAUCAGGAGGAGAAGGUGGAGCUUAAGCUACUCGCAUUUCAGCCUUUGGUAUUGGUAGCGAUUCUCUUGGGUCUGCAAGAAUACCUGCUGCUUUCUGUGGUGUACAUUCUUUUAAAGGAACAGGCAAAAGAAUAAGUUUAAAAGGAAGAUUGGGUUUGACAGGAACAGAAUUAGGGGGCUUUAAAGAUAUACAAACUAGUAUUGGACCAAUGUCUUAAUUUGUAGAAGAUAUAAUCGAAAUCGAAAAAAUAGUUUUGGGCAAUUUUAAUAAAAUUGAUGAUGAUUCUCCUCCAUUGUUUUGGAAUGAAAAGCUCUUUGAAGAAACUAGUUUGCAAAAUGUGAAAAUUGGAGUAAUUAGAAGAUUGAAUAGCGUCCCAAAUGUUGCAGCUAUAGAUAACGCGCUAAAUGAGACUAUUGAAAAACUAAAAUCUUUAGGCUGUUAAAUUCAUGAAAUGGAAGGUCUUCCUAUCGAUGAAAUGUCUAUUUAGAUACAAAAGCUUCUUGCUACCCCUGGUGUAUAGCUGAUUAUAUUUAAGAUGCUUAGAGGUGAUGAGCCAUUAGAUAUUCAUAAACUAUUCCUCAAUAUAAAAUUUACACCACAAAUGAUUAACGACUUGAAGAUUAAAUUGUUAGAAUUGAAAGGGCUUUAUAGGGAGGCUCAGUUUAUUAAAUUAGCAAAGACAAACGACUUUAUUACUCAUGCUACCGAAUAGAUAAAAUUAGAGGCAUACAAAAAACAAAUGCAACAAUAUAUAAGAGACAAUAAAAUUGAUAUAAUUAUCAGUCCUGUAACUCCAUUUACAGCAAUACCCCACAAUUCAGGAGGAGAUUUACUGCAAUUCUUAGGAUUAGCUGGAAUUCCAAACAUUCUAGAUUAACCAUCAGGUGUCAUCCCAAUCAGAAAUGUUACUGCAGAAGAAGCUGAUCCUGUUAAAUACAAAGAUUAAUAUUAAGAUAAAUAUACUCAAAUUAUUCGCUAGAGUAUUUAGCAAAGCACUGGCAUUCCUGUUGGUUUACAAGUAUCAGCAAAUACAUGGAAAGAUGAAGUAUGUUUGAAAAUUAUGAAGGAGAUUAGUUAAUUAUUCAAAUAUAAUUGUAAUCUAAGCGGGUGA